AACCCCCACCCCACCUUCUCCCUUUCAAAGCAGCAUCCAAUAUGGCGACUAGCAGGUUUUUCACACUCAACAUGGAGAGAGAAAUGUCCAGGAAAGCAAGGGGUGGAGUUUCCGGUGCAGUCUUGACAUGCGCAAGAGCGUGAUGUCGGCGCCAGAUUUGGAGAGACGUUCGAGGCGAUGGCUUCUUCUAAUCCUUGGGAUCCUGUCCAGCCUACGGUAGCAGGGCUGAUGUUGUCUCGGUGUUUGUCUGCUGGAGUGGUGUCCCGGGAAAUUCUGGAUAUAUGUUGUAAACCAGAUCCUUGUUUUACUCAUCUCUCAGAGGCAGAACAAAUUGGAGACCUCCAAGCAGAAAUCAACCAGAUUAAAAUGGAUAUUGAAUUGCUGCAGCUGGAAAAAGAAACUGCAGACAUUGCUCAUCCAUUCUACCUGAACUACUUUUUUUUAAUAUGUGCAGCUCAGAAAUGCCAGGCUCUACAGGCAAUGAACAGACACUUAGAAGCAGUGCUGAAAGAGAAAAGGGCUCUUAGGCAGAGGCUAAUGAAACCAGUGUGCCAAGAAAGUCUGCCUGUUGAAGCUGUCUUCCAAAGAUAUGCUGCAGAACUGUUGACAAUGGCAGUGGCUUUCAUUGAAAAAUUAGAAGCAUAUCUAACCACAGUAAGGAACAUUCCUCAAAUACCUCUAACCAUUAAAAACAUGGACAGUGCACUAGCAAAGAUGGAAUUGUUGGUAAUGGAGACAGAAGAGCUGGCAGAACAAAUAUUGCAGUGGAGAGAGAAACAAAAGGCAAUCUGCUUUGACAACUCCCAGCUGACUGGUGGAUCAGAUUCCUGCUUCAAAAGUAUAAUGCCACAGUAGCACAUUCUUCUCCUUCCCUGUUCCCUAAACUAAAAUGCAAGAUAAUGUGGCUGCUUAGCAGCCUUAUGUGAUAUACAACACACGUCUUUUAUUCUUGCUCUCACAUUUAUAACUGCUUAUGCCUGCCUUCUGAAACUAAUAUUUGUAAGUGAAAUGAGUGUUGCAUAGAAAUUAAUGACAGAUGUGAAGUGCCUUCUUGAGGGCAAAUUGCCCUCUUGAGUUCCCUAAGGAGUAUUUGAAUGAGGCAGUCUCAUGACACUGCCUUAGCAUUAACUUAAUGUGCAUAUCCCCAGUUUUUAUAGCAAGUGAAUAAGUCCAGCAUUAUGUGUUUUUGUAAAUUACCACCUUUUGUGUGUGUGCAGGAAUUCAAUUAAAAAUGCUUCACUAUAAAGUGAGAAACAGACUUCUAUGCAGAUUUGAUAUUUAAAGAGCUAACUUCCAGCCAUAUGAAAUGUCAGUUGGUGAGGUUGCAAUUUGUGCACACUUACCUGUAAGUCCCACUGAACAUAGUGUGUAAACGUGCAUAGGCUUGCACUGUGAGUAUGCGUACAGUACUGCAGAACUGAUUCUGUUGGUAUGGUUGAAUAAAUUAUUAGAAACUUG